UUCUCUGCGAUAUUCUCUUUUCCAACAUGGUAUCCAGAGCAAAUUAAGUCUUCCGCUGUUCUUCUCCAAUGGCUCCCGCCACACCUUCAAACACCAAAAACCCUAACCAAUUACCUCCUUACGAGGAUCCAUCCAGUCCUUAUUUUCUUCCGAUGAGUCAUAAUCCAGGUGUUCAACUUGUCACGCAACAAUUAAACGGAUCAAACUACACCAACUGGAAUCGCUCCAUGAUUACUGCUCUUAUCGCGAAGAACAAGCUCGCCUUCAUCGAUGGAUCUAUUCCUCGUCCUCACCACACCGAUCUGCUCUUCACUCAAUGGAUGCGCUGCAAUAGUAUGGUUGUAUCGUGGAUUCGUAAUUCCGUUAUACCAGAUAUUAGCUCUAGCAUCAUGUACAUAGAUGAUGCAGCUCACAUUUGGAAUGAUUUGAAGGAUAGGUUCUCACAAGGCAAUUUAGCCAGAAUUUGUCAACUUAAGCAGCAGUUAUUCACCUUACAACAAGGAUCUGAUGAUGUUGGGGUGUAUUUCACUAAACUUCGAGUGUUGUGGGAUGAAUACAGAGAUUAUCAGCCUGCGCGUUGGUGUGUUUGCGAUAAUUGUCGAUGUCACAGCUCAAAGAAAUGGAUGGAGUAUCAGAUGCAGGAUUGCUCCAUGCAGUUUCUCAUCGGUUUGAAUCCUUCUUUUUCUCAGAUUAGAUCGCAAAUUAUCUCUACAACUCCUCUUCCACCUUUGUCCAAGAUAUUUGCUCUUGUUUUGCAAGAAGAGCGCCAACGAUCUAUUGAUUUUGUGCCUCAGAUGUCUCAAAUGGCUGGUGAUACUACUGGAUCUAUAAUUAAUUCUACAGGUUAUGCUAAAGGCAGAGGUGCUAAAGGCAAAUUCCUAUGUACUCAUUGUGGAAGAACCAAUCAUACUGUGGAUAAAUGUUUUGCCCUUGUUGGUUAUCCACCGGGAUACGGUAGAGGCAGAGGAAAACCUUCUGGUUAUACUGAUGAUAUUAACUCAAAAGCUGUGCAUCAAACUAGUGCAGGUGAUGGUAUAGGUGAUACCAAAGGAACUGCUGGUUUAUCUCAUACAGAUAUGAUUCAAAUGAUCUAUUACUUGCAGAGUCAGAUGCAAAUCUCCUCUGCGAGUUCACCAACUGGAGCAUAUGGAUAUAGUUCAGGAGAUGUUGUUGCUUCUACACAAGCUAAUAAUUAUGUUCCUGCACAAGCCUCUCCUCCUUUCAGUGGGAGCUUCUCCGGGGACUGUGAUUGGGAAGGGUAGCAGGAUUGGAAACCUCUAUGUUUUAGAAGCUUCUCAAGCCGCCUUCACUGGACCUUUACCAGCUAUGUGAGCUACUGUUUCUGCCGAUUUGUGGCAUUUUAGAUUAGGUCAUUUGUCAACCAAUAAAUUACAAUUGUUGUCUAGAGUUUUGCCUCUUACCAAUUGUAAACACACACUUUGUGAAGUCUGCCCUUUGGCUAAACAAAAGAGAUUAUCUUUUCCUGUUUCUCAACAUAUUUCCAAUGCCAUAUUUGAUCUUAUACACUAUGAUGUCUGGGGGCCUUAUUCACAACCCACUAUUCAGGGGUACA